AUGGGGGAAAUGGAGCAGAUGAAGCAGGAGGCUGAGCAGCUGAAGAAGCAGAUUGCGGAUGCCCGGAAAGCCUGUGCAGACACAACGCUUGCUCAGAUUGUAUCUGGAAUGGAGGUCGUUGGACGCAUCCAGAUGCGGACCCGAAGGACCCUGCGGGGACACCUGGCCAAGAUCUACGCCUUGCACUGGUCCACAGACUCCAAACUUAUGGUCAGUGCCUCACAAGAUGGGAAACUGAUUGUGUGGGACACAUACACAACUAACAAGGUUCAUGCCAUCCCUUUGCGUUCCUCCUGGGUCAUGACCUGUGCCUAUGCCCCCUCUGGCAAUUUUGUGGCCUGUGGAGGCCUUGACAACAUGUGCUCCAUCUACAGCCUCAAGUCCCGUGAAGGCAACGUCAAAGUGAGCAGGGAGCUCUCAGCCCACACAGGAUACCUCUCCUGCUGCCGAUUUCUUGAUGACAACAACAUUGUGACUAGCUCUGGAGAUACCACAUGUGCGCUCUGGGACAUCGAGACAGGGCAGCAGAAGACUGUGUUCAUUGGUCACACCGGAGACUGCAUGAGCUUGGCCGUCUCCCCUGACUUCAAACUCUUCAUCUCGGGGGCUUGUGAUGCUACUGCCAAACUGUGGGACGUGCGGGAGGGCUCCUGCCGCCAGACCUUCUCAGGGCACGAGUCCGACAUCAACGCCAUCUCCUUCUUCCCCAAUGGCGAGGCCAUCUGCACGGGCUCUGAUGACGCCACGUGCCGCCUGUUCGACCUGCGGGCAGACCAGGAGCUGAUCAUGUACUCCCACGAGACCAUCAUCUGCGGCAUCACCUCCAUCGCCCUCUCCCGCAGCGGCCGCCUCCUCUUCGCCGGCUAUGACGACUUCAACUGCAACAUCUGGGACUCCCUGAAAGCAGAGCGUGUGGGAAUCCUUUCUGGCCACGACAACAGAGUGAGCUGCCUGGGGGUGACGGCGGAUGGCAUGGCUGUUGCCACUGGCUCCUGGGACAGUUUCCUCAAGAUUUGGAACUGA